AUGUAUUCAUUUACAUACUUUUUAAUACUCUUAUUGUCAAUGACAAUCAGUGUUUGUUAUUCAACAGAUUCAGAUAUCACUCAAUUUAUUAUGAUUGGAAGAAACAAUCAAUUUUACAAUAUAAACACCACCACCUGUCAAGUUUUCAUGAAUGUGGCCAUGGGACAAACAAAGAAAUAUGAUUUCCAAACCAUCCUUUCUGGAGAUUCCACAAACAAUACUUUACUAUUUUUAGCUACAGAUAUGGAGAAUUGGAACGAUGUUAUCCUCGAAUAUUCAAUCACAACUAAUAAUCUAACAGAAAUUGCUAGUAUUAAUGGUUACUUUACUGCAAUCGCAAACCCACAAAUCUAUGCUUACGAUCCAGUCUACAACUUUGUUGCAGUACCAGCCUUUACUAUGCAUGAUCCAAACUCAAAUCUUACCAUUUACACCUGGGAUUUCAAUACUAAAGAAUUAACAAGUGUACAAUUACCAACAGGACCAAUGAAUGGAAAUGCUAUUUAUCCAGAAGGAGCAUACGAUGCAACAACCGGAGAUUAUUAUCUCAUCUACAAUGACAGAGGUAAAGGCCUUAGCAAUGGUACAUUUUUAGUUGUAUACAAUAUGUGGAGUAAGACCAUCGUGAAGGGACCAAUAUUUUUCAAGAAUUUCUUUAUGGGCGCACCAAAUAUCCUCUUUUACAAUGGUCAAGUCUUCUUUAUGAAUAUGGCUACUCAAGGUCACUAUGGUAUUUACGCUGCUGAUCUUACAACCCAAACCACAACCAAUAUAUUUAGAAUCCCAAAUCAUUUCUCCAAUUGGUUGACAUUUACUAGUACAUUUGGUCAGAAGGGUAGCAAUGUUGUAUUAUUCUCCUCAACCGGUGGUAACGUGUACCAAACAACAAUCAUUGAUCUUGAAACACUGGCUGUAACCGCUAGUCCCAAGGUUCCCAUUACCAUCAAAUUCGAAAUGGAAAAUAUGAGUGUAGGAAUCUAA